GAGGCAUCAUCAUGAGGAGGUGGGAGGUGGUAUUUGGGAAAAGGAGGAGGAGAGCGAGUCAAAUGAAGGAGGGUCUGUGCGUCCACAUAACCACAAAGCCGAGAAGUUUAGGGACCGUGUCCAGCAUCCUUUUCCCCACGACGGAAAGCCAACUUGUGCCUUUAGUGAGUGCCGCCAUGGCCACAAAGAGGUCCAGGUCAGUGUCAGCGUCCUCCAUUAGUGGAUGGGACAUCGGAGGACCACAAGUAAAGGGACACCAAUGCCGAAGAAACCUGAAGUUGAGGAUGGGGAAAGGUGAAGCGUUGGAGAGACCCCGGCCACUGCACUGAGCACCAUGGAGCACCUUUUCCGGAGAAAGCGGCUCGGUCUACUAAAGCCCCUGCUGAGCCUCUCUCUGUUCUUCGCAUCGCUCCUCAUGAUCCACAAGCUUAGACUCCCAGAGAAAGACGCCAUGGGGACGUAUAUGAAACACACCAGCUGGUGUGGAGACUGUUUUUCAUUUAAGAAGUCUGCAGCCAAGCAGUCUUUGGUGAACCACACGUUCCAGGAGCAACGGGUCUACAACCGGAGUGGACGCUUCUGGGACCCGCAGGUGCUGAACUGCAAGGAGGACAUCACGGUGAGGACCAAGGACUGGUUCCGGAGAUUGGACCCGAGGUUCCACCAGUUCGUCUUGCACCGGCAUUGCAGGUACUUCCCGAUGCUCAUCAACCACCCUGAGAAGUGCACAGAAGGAGAGGUGCACCUCCUCAUGGUGGUCAAGUCCGUCAUCGAGCAGCACGACCGGCGGGAGGCUGUGCGUAAAACCUGGGGCAAGGAACACACCGUGGACGGUAAGAGCAUAAAGACCGUCUUUCUUUUGGGGAGCCCUGCUGUGGGCAAAGACGCCCAUAACCUGCAGAAACUGAUAGAGUAUGAAGACCACAUCUACAGUGACAUCCUGCAGUGGGAUUUCAUGGACACGUUCUUCAACUUGACCCUGAAGGAGGUCAACUUUCUGAAAUGGUUCAACAUCUACUGCCCGGGAGUCCAGUUUAUAUUCAAAGGAGACGAUGAUGUGUUUGUGAACACCAAAAACUUACUGGACCUCAUCGGCUUUAAGGUGGAGGAGAACAAGGAGACCACUUUGUUUGUGGGGGACACCAUCUCCAAGGCCAUCCCUAUUAGGAACAGGCAGAGUAAAUACUACAUCCCUAGGGAGCUCUAUGAUAAGCCAUACCCACCUUAUGUAGGAGGAGGGGGGUUCCUUAUGUCCUCCCAUUUGGCCAGGAAGCUCUUUGUGGUCUCCGAGAACCUGGAACUGUACCCGAUUGACGACGUCUUUUUGGGCAUGUGUCUGCAAAGGCUUCACCUGAGCCCAGAAAUGCACUCAGGCUUCAGAACUUUCGGCAUCACCAGACGCAGGGUGAGCCCCAUGAAUAGCGAGCCAUGCUUUUACAAGAACCUUGUCGUGGUGCACAAACUUAGUGCACAGGAGCUCGUCAAGAUGUGGAGGCUGGUGCACGAUGAAGAGCUGGUUUGUGCUCAGAAGACUUCCGUAUGACUGUCAGAAGAAUCCACAAAUAAGUGAAAAGGACUUAGUUAUGAUUAAAUAUGCAGCCACUUUGACAUUGAAGUUAUCCAGUUUAGAGAUAAAGAGUUUUCCUUUUUGGAAAACCACGACCAUACAGGUCUUCAGUGUUUAAAACUCAGCGGUUUUUCGUAUCUGAGCCUCAGUGUACACAUGUGACAGCCAAAGUAUCCAUAAUAUGUUGCAACAUUUUGUUCCGUUGUGUAUUUUUCAGCAAAAAAAACCCAAAAUGUAUGAAACGUUGUUUUGUACCAUAGUAUAAAUAAAACCUG